UGGCUGAAUGAGGCUGCUGGAGCGUUUGGUUGAUCAAAGGCGAUACGUCAUUGCGAGCUGCAGCGAUUGGCUGGAUUCCGCUCCUUUUUCUCCACAAUUUGCAACCACGACCGGUCUUCGCCUCCGGAGCAGCGACAUCCCACAGUUGAGGCAGGUGGACUUAUUUCCCUCAAGAGAAAUGAAUGCAAUAUAGCGCGCGCAUUCGCAGGGCUGGACAUUUCUAUUCGCUUUCGUCUCCUCAAUUCUUCCCUGCAAUACCGAACCGGACUAAAUGAGUGCCCGGACCUUGGAGAGACUGGUUUCCAUUCCCCACUGUGCCUUAAACGGAACCGCUCGGACCAGCAAUGGCACCUGCUUUGAGCGGGUGGACCAGCUGUUCCAGGCGUUCUCCUCCACCGUCGUGCUUUUCGUGCUCAUCGCGAUGAUCAUUGGGAUAAUAUUCGUGUCCGUCACGACCUUCCACUUUCACAAAAGCAAGAUGAAAAAGCGCAAGAUACAGAAAGCCCAGGAAGAAUACGAGCGCGACAACUGCAGUCCCAAAGCGGUCAAAGGCAAGCCGGUGGUCCGGCAGUGCAUCAUGGUGAGACCCCCCACGGCAGCGCGCAAAAGUGAUCCAAACACGGAAGAUCCUGGCGUGACAGAGGACGUGAGACACUCGGGACAGGGGAAGGAUGAUAACUUGUUGGAAUCGGUCGCUGUGUCUUGAUAACGCAGUGCCAAGCCUUUGGAGGACGCUGUAAAUAACCUCUGUAUUCAUAUGAUAUCACCUACGGAAUAUAUCGAUUCUUUGUAUAAGCAUUAGAGUUGAUAAAUUCUCAUCGUAGAUCCCGGAGGAGGCUUUGGAAGAAAUCUAGGAACGGUGUUCAGUGGUUUUUGAGAAGGACUGAGGAAGACUAAGGAAUGCUGACGGAAUUUCUAUCAUAAAUCCAACAAAGAGAGUAUCGAGUAAGAUCCUACUGGAUAAAAUGAAAUGAGAAGGAAUGAGUUAAUCUAGCAGGAUUUUGUUGAAUACUAAUUGAUGGGAUCAAAUGAGAAUUUCAUAAAAAUGAAAUAAUAAUAAUAAAAAAAGAAAAU